AGAGACAAAAUACAAUAUGGAAAUGACUUAAUGGGGUAUGGCCUCAUCUCCGAUGAAUGCUAAUGACAUAUGCUGGUACUGGGAAAGUCUGGGAAAGUCAGACUUCCUGAUUGAACUUUCGUAAACUACAUUAGAAUUCACAGAGGUUGCCUGCCCAAUACUUAGCCUGCUUUCAGUCAAACCAAGCACUGGCAGACACUAGAUAACUAGCUAGAUUAAAAAACAACAUUUAACUUCAUAAUAGCCCUUAUGCACAUUCCAUGAUCGAACGUUCUAAACACACGGUUUGGCAAUUUCCGGUCAGUCUAGUUGUUAUCGACGAUAUAACGUUACUACCACUAUGUCGCAGUUUUUUACUAGGUGUCUUCAGGACUUGCCUCAAAUUAAUAUUAAUGAUGUACAUCGAAUUGUUAAAUCAGCCUCCGAGACUCCAGCUAGCAAGAAUGAAAAGGGGUUCAAUAUGUAUAUAUGAAGCUACAUAGACAACUAUGAAGAUGGUGUUAAAGCACUCCGUACCAGUGAUAGUGGUCCAAAGCCACUGCUCCUGUGUUGCAGGAAGUGCUCUGUGCAAUCAUCUGGUGGCCCUUCUUUACCAGACAGCACACUACUCUCAACUAAACAUUCCUGCUGCACCACCAGUUCACAGCUGCACAGACACAGAACAGCAUUGGCACAAGCCAAGAACACUUGGUGUGAAGCCAGGUCCGGUUGGUGGGAUAGAGUUCCGUAAACCUAUUAACUCGUGUGCUGAUGGAAUAAGAAGUUCUCUCUACAAAGCACUCAAUGGAUACAUGCCUGACAUGGACUUUCUCUGCGUCUCAGAAACGUAUGCCAACUUUUCUCCACUUCCUGCCCCUCUUGUGACAACAAUGGAAAUGUCAGCUGACGUGCCCCUGGUUGAGUCCUCCUUUGGGCCAGUGCAAUGCGUCAGUGUUCUGUCCUAUCAGCUUCCACAGCCAAAGACCCAUGAAAUUGUGAAGAUUGCCGAUGCCCCUUCCCCACCAAUACUUCCAUUAGAUGGCUACAGGCUUCAGGCUUCCCAGUGUGCUUACGUCCUUAGCCAUCAGGAGCAGUUCCACCUCAAGGCAUUAGAGACAACCUACGAGAUGUCACAAAGUCAAGGUUGCUACAAGGGAGCAGAGCAGCAGCCCGGAAUGGCAUCAGCUCAGGAAAAUGAGAAUAACAUCCUCUCGUUUCCAAGAGGUUUGCCAUGUCUGGGGAGAGACCUCAGCUGACCACCUAGCUGAGCGGAUGUUCAAGGGAUCUGGUAUGUGGACCAUGGAGAUGAAGAGGGGGCUAGCCAUGGAGCCAGUGACUGUACAGGAGUACUGCACACUGAAGAAUGUUAACUUAUUUCCGUGUGGCUACGUAGUGCACCCAGGUGCUCCGUGGUUAGGAUCCUCUCCAGGUGGAAUCAUAUUUGAUCCCAGUGUGAGACCACACUUUGGACUCUUAGAGGUCAAGUUAUGUUGACUGCCCUUACCUAAAGAUACAGAAUGGAGAGCUGAAGUUGAAGAGAACUCAUGCUUACUACUGGCAGGUGCAAGGUCAAAUCCUUCUCACAGGUUGUAGCUGGUGUGACUUUGUCAUCUGUGCACAGGAGGACAUCCUAGUUGAAAGGAUAUAUAAAGAUCUACAGGUUUAAAAAACUAUGAGAGAAGGUUGACCACUUAUUUUUACCACUACUUGCAGAAGUGUCUCUCGCACCUGAAUGGAUCCCCUGCAUGGGUGCCAAGUUUAGUGGUUUUAUGAAAAAUAAGUAUUGAUGUUCUUGUGAAGAAAUCUACAGUAGAAUAGAUUUGUUUAAAAAAAUGUAUUUCAGCAAAUGUUCAACAGUUCAGUUAAUCAAUUACACAUCUCUAACAUUGUAUUCAAUCUUGCAUUCUGGCUGUACUGUGUUUACUUCAUUUCUUUCCCCCACCCCUGUUACUCAUUGCCUAAUUAAAGCCAAUUCAAGCUCCACACAAACUGAUAUUCACUACAACACAAAUGAUUGAUACAUGUCGUAGAUAAACAAAUUAUUAUUUUGCUGCUAGCAAAUAAACACAUGUACAUUUACACUGGCUUGGCCCAUGCUCUGGACCGGAUCAGAGACGGCACAGUCCAUAGGCAGCGCACCUUGUUCU